AUGCUCGCUCACACUAUGCAUCCCGAAAACACCAUCGAAACCUCCUCUGCUGCCGCAAAGAUGCAAAUGCUCCACCAGGCCCAAGACGAAUCCGCCGCCGCCUCAUCUGCCGCCGCUACUGCCACUGCCGCCGCCACCGCCGCCCUCGAAGACAGCGAGCCUGAUGUCGAGACCGUGCCUAUCAAGCAAGCCACCCCCCGCAAGGUCCAGAGUCUCGACGUCGACUCCCUGUCCAUGUUCCCCUCCCUCGGUUCCUCCACUGCUGCCCCUCGUCCCGCUGCUACUACUGCCACCUGGGGUGCCCGUACAAAGUCGACUGCCGGCAAGUUGGGUGCCGUUGGUGAUCAGCGCCGUACUCCUGCUGCCGCUGCCGCCGCCGCUGCUGCUGCUGCUUCUGCUCCUCGCAUCUCUGGUUCUGGAAACAUCCAGGAGCGUAUGCAGAUCCCCUCGAUCCAGGUUCCUGGCUUUGGAAAGUCGACUGUUGGUGACCAUGUCAAGACCGCGAUGGCUUCCUCGGGUGCCCGUAUCGAGUCGACUACCUCCCAGGCUACUGGUUUGACCACCUUCUUGAUCUCUGGAAAGCCUGAGGCUGUCGCCAAGGCCCGUCUUGCCCUCCGUUCUAGCUUUGCUAAGAAGGAAAAAAUCGAGUACCUUGUCCCCUCGUCUGCUCGCCCUCAUCUUCUCGGAUCCAAAGGCCGCACCUUGAACGCCAUCCAGACCAAGACCGGUGUCCAGAUCAACAUCCCCCGUCGCAAGGAGGGUGAGACCACCUUCGAACCCGCCACUCUCAACGAGGAUGACUUGGAUGCCGAGGAGGAGAUGGUCCCCAUCGACAUCGAGGGUGAUGUUGAUUCCAUCGAGGCCGCCAAGGAGGAGAUCGAGUCCAUCAUCAGCAAGGCCUGCAGAAUCACAUACCGUUUGACGACUGUCCCUGCCAGCUACUACCCCUUCAUUGCUGGCGCACGCAACGUCAACAUCCAGGCCAUCCAGCAGGACACCAACGCCAGGAUCAACAUGCCCUUCCACGUCUCCUCCCAGGACGACGAAGACGACGAGGAUGCCAAGGACACUGCCAUCGUCAUCCAAGGUGAUCGCAAGAGCAUUCGCAAGGCCAUCGAGCGCAUUGAGAACCACUACACGGAGAUCGAACGCACCACCCGCGUCAUGACCAUCAACAUCCCUAAGCGCCAGCACCGCUUCUUGGUUGGCACCAAGGGUGUCCACAUCAACGAGAUCCACGCCGCCACCGGAUGCACCAUCGAGAUCCCCCCUGUCGACUCCACCUCCGACUCGAUUGUUGUUCGUGGACCCGAGGCCGAGUUGAUUCCUGCCUUGACCUUGAUCAUGGAGAAGGCCAACAGCUCGCAGGUCGAGUCUGUCGAUGUCACCGUCGUCCACAAGCUCGUCGCCGGCAAGGGCAAGACCGAGCACGCCCGCCACGUCACCAAGUACUUGAGCGCCCGCAACAAGUUGCGCAAGAUCGAGCAGGACCAUGAGGGCGUUCAGAUCAACGUCCCCAGAACCGAGGGCCAGACUGCUGUCACUAUCGAGAUUGUUGCCAAGUCCCGCUCCGAGGUCGAGGCUGCUCGUGCCAAGGUCCUGGAGGCUGUCAAGGCCAUGACCCCCGUUCUCUUUGACACUGUCCAGGUCGAGCCCCUUUUGCACCGUCACAUUGUCGGUCGCAAGGGCCAAAACAUCAACCGUCUCCGAGAGGCCCACGGUGUCGAGGUCAUUGUCCCCGACGCGAACAGCGACUCGCAUGAGAUCAUCCUCGUCUUCGAGGUCCAGGAGGGCGUUGAUGCCUCGGAUGUUGCCAAGAUCCGCGCCGCUUUGGAGGCCGCCAAGCAGGAGGUCGACAAGCUCGCCAACGACGCCACUGAUUUCAGCACCAAAGUCCUCUCUGUCCCUGCCCGUCUCCACCGCAACGUCAUUGGAACUAAGGGAUCGACGUUGAACGCCAUCAUGGGUCUUGAGCCCACCACCUCUGUCCGUCUUGGUCUUCCCCGCGCCGGCUCGGCUGAUGUCACCAAGAAGGCUGGCACCCCUGCCCUGACCGAAGACUCGAUCGUCAUCAAGGGACCCAAGGACGAGGUUGAGCGUGUUGCUCGUGAGAUCCUUGCAUUGGUCGAGGAGACCAAGCACCAGCAGGUCAUGAACUCUUACACCGUUACCUUUGACAUCCCCGCCACUGCUUCUCCUCACGUCAUCGGAAAGGGGGGUGCUAACAUCAACAAGUUGACGGAGCAGUUCCAGGUCAAGUUUGACUUGAACGACCGUGCCGCCGGUGCCGACGACAAGACUAAGAAGAAGACUGGCAACGAGACCAUGGAGGUCACCAUUCAGGGAGUCAAGAAGAACGUCGAGACUGCCAAGGAGACCAUCAUUAAGAUGGUUGAGCAGAUUGCCGAUGCCACCGUCGCCAAGCUCAACAUCCCUGUUGCCCACCACAGCGCCUUGAUCGGCGCCAAGGGCCACUAUGUCCGCCGCCUCGAGGAAAAGUACGGAGUUCGCAUCCAGUUCCCCAAGGCUGCCGAUUUGGAAGAUGAUGAGGACCAGUCCAAGCUGAACGUUGUCUUGGUCAGCGGAGGCAAGAAGGGCGUCCAGGGCGCCAAGGAGGAGCUCCUUGAGUUGCUCGACUACGAGAAGGAGAACAACAACACCCUCGAGUUGGUCGUCGAGCCCAAGAUGUUGCCCCACAUUGUCGGACGCAACGGAACCAAGAUCAACGAGAUCCAGGAGUCGUCCCAGACCCGCAUUGACAUUCGUCGCUCGACCGACUCUGACGAGAAGGCCGAGGUUCGCUUGGUCAUCAACGGUUCCAAGGCUGGCUUGAAGCAGGCCCAGAAAGCUAUCAACGAGAUCAUCGAGGCCCAAAAGUCGCAGGUCGAGGAGCUCGUCGAGAUCAACCACAAGCACCACAAGAUCUUGAUUGGUCAGGGCGGAUCGACCUUGCGCGAGAUCAUUGCCAAGGCUGGUGGCCCCUCGGAGAUGUCUGCCCAGGCUGGUUUGGUCAAGUUCCAGAGCAACAACAACGCCGUCCUGUUGAAGGGAGACAAGACCAUUGUCGAGAAGAUCAAGGCCGAGAUGUUGACCAUGGUCGCCGAGCAGGACAGCUGGACCACCAUCUCGAUCCAGAUCCCCGCUUCCCAGCACCGCCAGGUCAUUGGACCCCAGUUCUCGCACGUCAAGGAGAUCGAGAACCGUCACAGCGUCCGCAUCCAGUUCCCCAACAACAAGAACAAGAAGGAGGGUGGCGAGGCUACUACCGACAACGCCGCCAACGAGCGUGUCACCAUCAAGGGUCUCCAUGAGAACUGCGAGAAGGCCAAGGUCGACCUCGAGGCCAGGAUCAAGAGCUCUGCCAGCCGCUCGUUCAGCAUCCCCAAGCGUCACCGCCAGGCUGUCUUUGGCGAUGGCGUUUGGAAGUACCGCAACGAGUUCAACGUUGUCGUUGUAUUGCCCCGCGGCGAGGGUGGUCGCAACAACAACGGAGCCAGCAAGCGCAUCGAUGCCGAUGACAGCCAGGUCACCCACGGUUUGACUGACGGUCUCUCCUGGGAGUUGUACGACUUGUCUGCACCUGCCGAGGAGGGUGAUGAGGCCCAGUUCACCGUCCAGUUGCAGGGUACCGAGACUGGUUGCGAGGCUGUUGAGAAGCACCUCCAGGGCUUGUUGGAGAAGGCUCGCGCCUCUACCCACGUCCUUAAGAUCCGCGUCCCUACGACCUACCACGGACUGAUUAUUGGAUCGGGCGGUAACAACAUCAAGCAGAUCGAGGCCGAGUCUGGAACUUCGACCAAGAUUGCUCGCGGCGAGGAGUUGAUCACCAUCACCGGAUCCAAGGAGGGCGUUGAGAAGGCCAAGGUCGCCAUUCUUCGCGUCGUCAACAGCUCCGAGAAGCGCGCCUAA